GAUCAGACAUAGAAAAUAGAAAAGUCAUAGAAAAGUCACUUCAACAAUACACAAACAAACAAAUCUGCUGCGCAUUUAGAUGAAAGACAAAACCGGAUGAAGCCAUUUGUCAAUUUGACAAUAAUAAUGGUGUUUUAACAGUGACCAUGUGGGGACUGUUGUGACAGUCUUUCGUUAUCAGAAGCUUGAUCACAGAACGCAAUUUCACAGCGCAUGCGUGAUGUUUUCGCCUGAGUUUUUAGUCAUAUCGUCAGUGACUUCGGACAGACCACCUCGUAUCAACAGUGCUGUCGCAUCCUUCCAUCCAACCUCCUUGUUCCAACGCAACAAUGGCCGACCUUGAGAAUGCAAUGGCGGCGCUAGAACUACUUUUCGAGCAGAGCGGCCUCACCCUGCCAGCUGGCCUGCGGCACAUCCUCCUCCAUCUGCCCCACACAGCUCCGGCAAACUCGAGCCGGCCGGACUGGGGGCCACGGCGCAGGCUGGCGGCUGCCCUCUUCCGAGGGCUCUGGUAUGGAUCCGACAGGACGGUGGGGGCGGACUCCCGGGCCCCGGGGAGGGACACACCCACCUAUGUCUACCCGGAAGAGGUUAGGUGGGUCAUGCGGGCUCGAUUCCCCGACGACCCGGUCCGCCUGUACGACGGGCAAGUUGAGGAGCAGCGGGCAGUCUACUUCGUUGAUGUCGUAGAUCUGGCCACGGCCACCUGGCCGUCCUGCCGCUGCGGGAGCGCCACUGGAACUUCCGGGGGGCCUGCCCGCCGCGGACGCCGGACCUCCCGCGCCACACCUUACCCCCACAAGCGUGGCCAGUAG